AUGCCCCAGAGAAAUGUUGUCACUUGGACUGCUGUUAUAUCGGCAUUUAAUCAAAACCAUCAACCGGACCACGCUGUUCAAUUUUUCAAUGACAUGUUUGUUGCAGGAUGUCGACCCAAUUCCUUUACCAUGGCUACUCUCCUUCCAAGUUUUUCUUGCCGUCAAGGAUCAUCCCAAAUUCACAGCUUCUUGAUCAAGUCUGGUUUUGAGUCUGAUAUCUCUGUUUCGACUGCCAUGAUUGACGUCUAUGCAAAAUGUGGGUUUAUGCUCUCAGCCCGUCGCGUCUUUGAUGAGAUACCCGAAAGGAGCCUCAUUUCAUGGAAUUCAAUGAUGUGGGGCCAUGCUCAGAAUGGAGAUGCAAAAAAAUCAAUGCAGCUAUUUGUAGAGAUGCAGAUAUCUGGAGGGCAUCAACCUGAUUCAUUCUCAGUUGUAACUGCACUUAGAUGCUGCGCCAGCUUGGUCUCAUUGGGACAAGGGAUGGAGAUACAUGGCUAUGUAUAUAGAAGUGGUUUAGAGAGGAUUCUUAUUGUUGGUAAUGGACUUGUUGAUAUGUAUGGUAAAUGUGGGGCUCUAGAGCUUGCAGAGAGGGUCUUUUAUCAGAUGCAGGAAAAGGAUGUAAGCUCAUGGACUGCACUCAUUAUUUUCUAUGGAUUGAAUGGCCAAGGAGCCAAAGCCAUUUCUCUCUUUGAAAAAAUGAAGAAGGCAAGAACGGUCAGCCCCAACUCUGUAACAUUAAUAGCUGUCCUCAGCUUGCAGCCGUUCCUUCUUAGUAGAAGAAGGGUUUGGAUAUUUCAGAGACAUGUCUGUUGA